AUACAUUCCAUCACGGGCAUAAUGGAUGUCACAACAUUUGCUUUCGCUCUGCUCACCACUGUAUUUUUCGGCAUCAUCAUCCACCGUCUCGUCUUCAGUCCCUUAGCGGGCAUCCCUGGGCCACGACUGGCAGCAUCCACGCGCUGGUAUGAAGCCUACUUUGACGUUGUGCGUGGUGGCCAGUUUAUGUACGAAAUACAACGUCUGCACCGGAUCUACGGUCCCGUUAUACGUAUUAGCCCUGGAGAGGUGCACAUCAAUGCAGCUGGAUUCUAUGAUACGCUGUACUCGGGGCCAACCCGACGUCGCCACAAGGACCCAUGGUUCCUGUCCUCAAUUGCCCCAGGGACAUCAUUCGCGGCGAAUGACUCUGACCAUCACCGUAUGCGGCGCAGCGGUCUGAGUCCAUUCUUCUCCAAACAGGCCGUGCGUGAGCUGGAACCUAUCAUCCAUUCCAAGAUACGUCUACUCUGUCGCCAUAUUCAAGAAACCCAACAAAUGGGCCAUUACUUAGAAUUACACACAUGCUUCGUCAACUUUGCUGUUGACAUCAUCUCGCAAUACGUGUUUGGCCCGAGUAAUGGGUUUAAUACACUACGGGAACCUGUGCAGAGCCAGAAAUGGAAGAAGGGGGUAAAUGGUAUCUUCGAGAUGUUAUUAAUAUUGCGCCAUUUCCCUUGCCUGUAUUACAUAUCACGAGUCAUCCCAUUAUCUAUCUCAUCGUGGAUCUGUCCUACAUUUACCUAUAUCAAUGCAAUCGAACAGGACAUCGAACGGCACACCCGACGAGUUUAUUCGAACUCUGCUGCCACCGAGCCAUCCAUAAUUAAGCAUAUCAUGCAAAAUUACAAGUUGCCCCCAGCCGAACGCAUACUGGCACGGCUGACCGACGAGGCUAAGUUCUUACUGGUGGCAGGCACCGAUGCUCCGUCACAGGUCAUGGCAAUCACGAUGUAUCAUGUUCUACGAAAUGUAAUGGUCUACAACCAGCUCCAGGAGGAGCUACAGGCAGCCCUGCCAGAUGCAGAUGCUGAGGCCUCGUGGGGUGAACUGGAGCGAUUACCGUAUCUCACCUCUGUGAUCAAAGAAGGAUUACGACUCUCGGCGGUAGUGACUUCGCGUCUGCCUCGUGUUGCUCCUGAUGAGGACUUGAUCUGUCAUGGUUGGCGGAUCCCCGCUAAAACUGUUGUCAGUAUGUCCAACCAUUUCAUUCUUCGCGAUGCUGAGGUGUUCCCUGAUCCACUCGUCUUUCGUCCGGAACGGUGGAAAACAGCCACAUCAACCAUGAACCGGCACUUUGUCCCAUUUUCCAAAGGCAGUCAAGGGUGUUUAGGCCAUAAUAUGGCGUACUGUUGGCUCUAUGUUGGGCUUGCCACUCUUCUACGGCGAUUUGACUGGGUCCUCAUCGACACAGAUGAGGUUAACGUGAGUGUUGUGCGCGACUGCUUUAAUGGACAGACACUUCCUGGUCAGAACUACAUUAAGGCCAUGACUUCGCCUAUGCAUUGA